AUGGCACCGAACUCAUGUCUGGGCGAACACAUGGUCGGAGUCAUCAACCCGAACUCUACGCAAACACUGGCAUCGCAAGUCCAAGCGGCUGCCGCAGCAGACUUUCAACUAGCGCCUGGCGAACCAGUUCCUGGUGAGGCAACAUCGACGCUGUCUAAUGCUCCUACGUCAACGGGAGCACCGCCACCAUCUAACGGGGGAGGUCAUGGCGGCGGUCAUAGCCUGUCCACUGGUGCCAUCGUUGGCAUAGUCCUUGGUGGCGUGGCUUUCCUGGCAAUCUGUGCCGCUCUCUUCUUCUUUGUAGGCCGAUCCAAGUCGUUGAAGGAGGUUAUCAAACAGCGAGAUGGUACGAAUACCCACGAUCCAAACAUGAGCCAACAGUACGGUCGCUCGGACUACGGUCAUGGAGGACUCUCAUCGCCAGGGUUUCAAUCACCAGCUCCUGGCUAUGCUACCCCACCGCCAGGACACUACCCAGACUAUGGCUUCAACUCGCCCCCAGGAUACGGUCAGCACAACGUAGGAGAGCAGUACCCGUCGGGUUGGACCAGCCCUGGGCCCCAACACGGCCAUAUGAGUAUGAUGAGCAAUAUGAACGGGCAACCUGCCGUAGCAGAGUUGCACAGUCCACCGCUGGAGCAACAGUCUUUCUCGGCAGAGUUGGACGCAUCUGGACGCAAUAAGCCAAAAUGA